UUUCUUCCAGCGCCGGUCAGUCCUCUUAUCCACUGCAUUCCCUCCCCCGUAGUCUCCUGAGGUGGCCUUGGAAUAGUAACAGGAUGCAGCCCCCUUGGGUAGAGGUCGGGUUCAGCUUUCCUUGGGCGCUAAGCAGAGGAGCGGUGCUCCCAGGGAGCCGGGACCUCUACCUGCCCGGCUCUGGCCGCAGCUCAGCUUCGUCACUAUGGUGGGCCCCAACGGCAACGAAUCCAGCGCCACCUAUUUCAUCCUAAUAGGCCUCCCCGGCUUGGAAGAAGCUCAGUUCUGGCUGGCCUUCCCACUGUGCUCCCUCUACCUUAUUGCUGUGCUCGGUAACCUGACCAUCAUCUACAUUGUGCGGACAGAGCACAGCCUCCACGAACCCAUGUAUAUCUUUCUUUGCAUGCUUUCCGGCCUCGACGUCCUCAUCUCCACCUCAUCCAUGCCCAAAAUGAUGGCCAUCUUCUGGUUCAACUCCACCACCAUUCAGUUCGAUGCUUGCCUGCUACAGAUGUUUGCCAUCCACUCCUUGUCUGGCAUGGAGUCCACGGUGCUGCUGGCCAUGGCCUUUGACCGCUACGUGGCCAUCUGCCACCCGCUACGCCAUGCCACCGUGCUAACAUUGCCCCGUGUUACCAAGAUUGGCAUGGCUGCCGUGGUGCGGGGUGUUGCCCUUAUGGCACCUCUGCCUGUUUUCAUCAAACGGCUGCCUUUCUGCAGCUCCAACGUCCUUUCCCAUUCCUACUGCCUCCACCAAGAUGUCAUGAAGCUGGCCUGUGCUGACAUCCGCGUCAACAUCAUCUAUGGCCUCAUCGUCAUCAUCUCUGCCAUUGGCAUGGACUCGCUUCUCAUCUCUUUGUCGUACCUGCUUAUCCUCAAGACUGUGUUGGGCUUGACACGUGAAGCCCAGGCAAAGGCAUUUGGCACGUGUGUCUCCCAUGUGUGCGCAGUUUUCAUAUUCUACGUGCCUUUCAUUGGACUGUCUAUGGUGCAUCGCUUUGACAAGCGGCAUGACUCCCUCCCCGUCAUCAUGGCCAACACCUACCUGCUUGUUCCUCCUGUGCUCAACCCCAUUGUCUACGGAGUGAAGACAAAGGAGAUCCGGCAACGCAUCCUUCGUCUUUUCCACCUGACUACCCACACCUCCCAUCCCUAGGGGUCGGGAUCAAACUUCUUUUUCAUGCAAAGUACUUCAACGCAGAUGUUCAUAUCAAUAUUUUGGAGGACAGUAUUAGGAAAAAAAAUCAUUACUAAAAACACAACCGAUCCUUCCAAGAUGAAAGUGAUCAGAGAAUCUCCACGUGGGCAGAGGCAGUGGAACUGUAUGCUCCUAAUGCUAUUUGUCAACGUGAUUUUUCCUUUUAGUUCUUUGAGGUAGUUGCGGUUGGAGGGUGAUUACUUCCCACUUAACUAUUCAGUCCAGUUCUCAUUUCCAUAUCAUUAAGGGGAUUGCUUGCACUGAUGGUCCACAGUGUUCUGAGAUACAUCUAAAACACUUACCAAAGGCUUAAGCAUGGCAAAACUAAAAUGAAUACAAGAACGUACAACAAAUUUAAGCCAGGUAGGUAAGCUGGCUCAGAAUUAUGAUUUCCUCUUCAGAAUCCCCAACCGUUUCGGAUCAUAGGAAAGAGAUGUAGCUGGAUCUCCUUCUUCAAAAGGACCUCCACAGAGAAAAAAGUAUUUCUUUUUUCCUUCCGAGUGCCAGUCCUUAAGAAGAGGAUUGCAAGUAAAGCCAUGAAAAGGUUAUAGUCACCUAAGUUAAUGAAGAUGAUGCACUGUAUUCUGAAAGUUUUAACAGACCGUGGGCACUUUCCCUUCUUUAACUUUCUUAUCAACAUUGUGAUUUAGGCAGGGAUAUGGUUCGUACCCUACUAUACCAAUGGGUGUAUCCAUUACAGGGAUGGGGGACUGAUCUAUAGGCUCAAAACAUUACGUCUUUUGGCACCCACGCCCACGUUGGUAGGAGGGACUGCGAGGCUAGUGGGGUAAUGAGUUAGACAUUCCAGAGUUUUGAAUUUUAUGGGAGGGGGCUAUUUAAGUUCCUUUCUUGCUCAUCCAGUAUUGUAUUUAGGAAUUUCCUGUUCAGUUCUUCCGGAUGUCUUUAUUUCUUUUUUUUUUUUUUCUUUUUAGGACCAUGCCCGCAGCAUGUGGAGGUUCUCAGGCUAGCAGUCCAGUUGGAGCUACAGCUGCCAACCUACACCACAGCC